AUGGGCGCCAGUCAAAAACUUUCUUCCUUCAACUGUGAAAUCAGAAUCCUAGAAGCCAAAAACAUAGAAUUCACAUCUCCAAAGAAUCUCUUCGUGAGAUACUAUCUUUCUACAGACAACAACAAAAGGAUUCGUCUCAACACAACACAAAUCUCUUCCGUCUCCGACUUCACAUGGAACCAAUCUUUCUCUUUGGAGUGUUUGGGUUCACAAGACUCCAUCCACUCCCUCCAACAAUCAACCAUCGUCUUCGAGCUCCGGCAGGCUAAAUCCCGACCUGUUUUCGGGUCAUCAUCUCGACUUUUGGGUAGGGCUGAGAUCCCUUGGAGUGAGGUAUUUGAAUCCGCAAACAUGGGAAUUGAAAGAUGGGUGUCGUUGGUUUCGGCUAAUAAUGGGACUGUUAAACAACCUAAAUUGAAAGUGGGGAUGAGAGUGAGAGUUCCAGAAGAAAUGGAGAUGAACAAGAAGAUGAAGAGAUUUAGGAAGUGGCAGGAUGAGUGUGGAUGCUGUGAAUCAUCCAAAGUGGGAGAUUUUUGUGAGGAUUAUGAGCUCUUUGCCCUUGCUGCUGCCAUGGAAUUCUUGUAG